AUGCUAGCUGUUACAGCUGUUGGCUGCUUGACUGGCGGCUAUUUCCUUCACAAAUGGCUUCGACGACGCAUCGCGCACAUCCUUACGGGCGAGCAGAGGCGAGCUCUCAUACCGCCCGGUGAGUGCAUCAGCCCUGGAGCAAAAGCUGUGGCCGCUUCUGCGGAUGUGGAGCUUCGAUCCAACAUGCAUCGCCUCAAAGAUGGAACCCAGCUCUUCAGCUACGUCCUGACGCCGAAGAACAAGACACCGACGCACGCCGUCGUCUUUUUGCAUGGCUAUAGUUCCAACUCCGACCUCUAUGUCGAGAACUUGGCGGAGUUUGCACGGGCUGGAGCAAUGGUCUUGAUGCCAGAUCUCCCCUCACACGGGCGUUCCGAUGGUCUUUUGGCCUACAUUCCCGACUGGUGGGCCUUUAUGGACAAGAUCUGGGAGCACACGGAGAUCCUUGUGUCGCAGGAGUGCAAGUCACUUCCACUCUUCGUCGCAGGAAAUUCUUUAGGGGGCGGCCUGGCGAUUUGCAUGGCCUUGCAGCGACCGACCUAUUUUCGUGGCGUGGUCUUGAAGGGCCCCAUGCUGACAGUCAGCGAGGAAGUGAAGCCUCCUUGGAUCGUGCAGAUGGUUUUCAAGCACCUCGUUGCGAGGUUGCUACCAACCUGGCCGAUCACGCCGGUCAAGAGCCUCGCUGGUGUCGAUUUCCGGAUACCGACACAGGGGCCAGUGUACGAGAAGGUCAACCCCUUCUCCAUGAAGGGAACCUCGCCUUUCUUGGCUUCGGGUCGGGAGAUGGGCUUCACCUUCACCGACUGGCUGGAUGACCAUCUGAAGGAGGUGAGGACGCCUUUCAUCGUCUUGCAUGGCAAGUCGGACAAGAUCACGGAUCCCGCGACGUCGCAGCGGCUGUACGACGAGGCCAAGGCCACCGACAAGACGCUGAAACUCUACGAUGGGGUGUACCACUGCGAGUUGAUCUGCUGCACCCCGGGGGGAGCUGAGUUCACGGGUCUCACGUGGCUUCCCGAGCAGGUCUCCGCAACGCAAGCUUGCACAAAUGACGCAAUUGCCUGGAUGCGUUUGCAGAAGAUGGUGGGCAUUAGGAUACCCAGCCGUCAGGAGGGUGCACGUCCAGAUGGAGCAGUGCUCGGGCGGUCUGCAGCAGGCUGCUUCGGGGCCGUCAUGGUGGCGUCUUGCGCGCCAGUCUGCUCCAGGAGUUUUGUGAGCACCCCUUCUCCGCAGCACAGAUAUUUUUCGAGCUCCGGUUCCAGCUCGUCCUCUGUGGCCGCGGCGCGGCCGCAGUCCUCCGCAAGAGAAGGUCGGUAUGAGCUGCCCCGACAUAUCGCAGGAUUGGCUUUAGGCCUCACUGCGCUGCGUGCCUUCGGAGGAAGAGCCCCUGGCGCUGAGGCGGCAUUUCAGAUGCGGGAGGCCAAGCGGAAGCGUGAGGCCUCACAGUUCUUCACCUACCAAGCCCGAUUGCUGAGGACCGGUGUGCCUCCGCGAGACGACUUGUACUGGCGCCGGGAGGAGAGAAUGCUCUUCUCCACAGCCAGGAUGGAGAAAGGGAUCAAUUUCGCAGCCUACGAUGAGGUCGAGGUCGAGCGGCGGGGCGGCUUGGGUCAGGAGGCUGACGUAAGAUGCUGUCCAGAAGUCGACGUCAAUGAUUGGGACGAAGACGUGACGUUCAACAACUUUUCGCUUGUUUCUGACGACUUGAAUUUCUCCGUCUCCAUUCAGAUCCCGGCUGUGCCGGACUUCGCCUUAGUUCUCGUUGAUAAACUUUUCUGA